UCUAACAGUGACGUUAUUUAUUCAACCACUACAGACCACAUAUGUUGACGAACAUAUGUUGAGAUGUCGGGGGAUGGUGGAAGAAGUGGAGAUACGAUGUGUCGGAGGACCACCUGUUACGAUGAUAAUUUAUGUAUGAGGGGAGCGAACCCCUCUGUCACUUCGUACGUAUCGUCUACUGCGCAUCUAUCCUGCGCAUAUCCAGUUGCUUAGUGAACACCAACGCCCUACAUCAACUAUGAAGGAUUCAUUAUACUUCCAUUAGUCGUGUAGUGCGGACCUACUGAUCAACAGCCCACUUCUACAGUCGAUAGGUGCAGAGCAGUAUCGAGAUUUUGAAUUAACCUUACAAUCAUAAAAUAUCAUGAAUAAUAACACUGUACGACGUAGUUUCACUUGUGCCCUCUGCGACAAGGUAUUCACGCGGAAGAACAAUAUGAUGCGCCAUACCAGAGUCACUCAUGGCGGUACACCUGAAGCCUGCUCUAUCUGCGGGACAACAUUUAGGCGCAACGAUGACUUAAAACGUCACAUGCUAAUCGUGCAUCGCCAACAACCACAACAACCUGAGAAUCCCGCAUUUAGACAGAACAAUGCUAUUACUACCGCAAGUAAUCGACUUGUACCAUCCAGCGCUCCCGACUACAUUCCGAGACCUGGACCAUCGUCUGCCCCAGAUUGUCCGAUGAUAGCUCAACCCGCUGUAUCUCGCCUUAUAGGAUAUACAUGCGACGGUUGCGGGAAAACAUUCACCAGGAAGAAUAAGUUACACAAGCACACUCGUUUCAGCUGCAGGGGUAACGGAUCUGAGAUACCAAUCAAUCAGCCAGAGCCCUCACCCGCCCCACCAUCCAUCAACCUGUCAUCACCUCAGUCGACUAGUGACGAGGAUGAUACUAAUGACCAGGUCGAGAUUCCUGACAAUUUGGCUCCACAAGGGUUCGAGGAAAUUGAGACGGCGUUCAAAGGUCGGCUUAAAACCUAUUGUUUAUCCGAGCCUGCCGAAAACACCGUCUCACUGCUGGAGUUCCUCAAUGACAUUCGAGAUAAGGUAAUCACACUCAUGCGGACUAUAUUAAAUCACACUCAUGCCAUUAAGUGUAAUAUAUUUGUAGAAUGUGAAUUUGUAAAUGUUCAUGGUGAUACAUGCAGGCGAGCUUUCAAAACUAAAAAUGUACCUUUUUUUCAAUCGUCUCACAUUGACGAAUUAGUGCAAGAGUUUAUUCAAAAUGUAUUACUAGAAAAGGAAACAUGUGAAAUGAAAGGAUCUGGCUGGAGCUUUGUCAGGGUUUUAGACAUGCAAAUCCGUGUAAAUGUCUAUAGCCCACUCAAAGGUAGUUCUUUCAUUCAACUGCCGCAUGAUAUCGCCAUUAAAAAAGCAACGGUUAAUGUGCUAAACGAUGCGGAUGAACGUUGUUUUGAAUAUUCAAUACUCUCCAAAUAUUUUGUUAAUCGUCAAUGUCAACUAACACCUAACAUGUUCACAGCAGAAAUUAGAGAAAGAGCAAAUUUAAACUUUAAUGACUUAAUUUUCCCUGUAAGUCUUAACCAAAUCCGCACGUUUGAGCGCAAUAACCAAGGCGUUAGUGUUAAUGUGUAUGGUCUGGACAAGAAGAAAAAGAAACGUUUCACGGACCCGGACAAACACAUUGUCUACCCUCUUCGUGUCGCAGAUCGUGAAUUAGCCAAUCAUUUUGACCUACUCCUUAUAACAAAUGACGUCACCACCCACUACGUUUGGAUCAAGAGCUUUACGAGAUUGGUUUCUUCCCAGCUGAGACCAGAUGGACAUCGCCUUUACAUAUGUAAGCGCUGUUUUGCACACUUCGAUAAUCAGCCAACGAAGUUAGGCCUUAGAGGGGAGGAACGUCUUUUGGAACAUCAGCGAUAUUGUUUUAACAAUGCUCCGUUAAGAACUGAUCUUGCGGAAGACAAAACAAUACAUUUUAAAAAUUUUGAACGCACUCAACGAAGUCGAUUCACCAUUUACGCUGACUUUGAAUGCGCACUCGUACCUCUUGAGCCUGAACAAACAAUCGAUCCUCCGCCAACUGUUCCACCGCCAGCAUGGGAUCCCGCAUUAGCAAGAGGAGCACGUCGAGACCGACCUGGUGAAAUGCACAAUGCCAGAAAUGUCCAUGUACCAUAUGCAUACGCCUAUUACAUUCGAGAUGAUAAUAGAAAUGUAAGUGAUGGUGAUACUGAUGACAAUGACCAUACAGCUUUGACGUUCUCCAAAUUGCGCCUGUACAGAGGUGAAGACGCCGCCCAGCACUUUAUCAAAUCGAUACGGGAUGACGUACAGAAGAUUGGUGAUAUAGUGUAUGGGCAACGUCUGCCGAAUGACCCUCCACGGUUAACACAGGUGGAAGAGGAUUCUUUCCGCGAGCAAACAGUAUGCUACAUAUGCAAGCGAGAAUUCACAAUACUCGACCCCCGUGUUAGAGAUCACGAACACUCUCCUCCCUAUACUUACAGAGGAGCAGCACACCGUUCCUGUAAUAUCCGCCACAAGGAACAGGACACUAUCAACAUUUAUCUCCACAAUUUAUCCAAUUACGAUGCUCACUUUAUCAUCAGAGAGCUAUCCGUUGAUAAAGGAAAUAUAAAUGUACUCGCAAAUACGGAGGAAAAGUAUAUCACAUUCUCCAAACGAUUUAAAUAUCCGGGAGCAGGUCGGCAAGGUGGUCUCAAACUACAAUUUGUUGAUUCCUAUAGGUUAAUGUCAAAAGCAUUAGGGACAUUAGCAUCAAUCCUGCCGGCCGAUAAAUUAAAAAUUACAAAGUCACGCUACGCCAAUCAAGAACAGUUCGAUCUGCUUAGGAGGAAAGGUGUAUUUCCGUAUGAGUACAUUUCAUCGAUGGAGGUACUCGAAGAAGAUGUCCUUCCACCAAAGUGUGUAUUUGGAGAAGGAGUGAGUGAUGCGGAUUACGAGCAUGCGCAGCGAGUAUGGGAGAAAUUUGACUGUACGACCCUCGGACAGUAUGCUGAUAUCUAUUUGGUAACUGACGUAUUGCUAUUAGCGGAUGUGUUCGAGGGAUUCCGAGAGAUGUGUCUAACACAUUACGGAUUGGACCCAGCGCGUUAUUUGACACUUCCAUCAUAUGCUUGGGACGUAAUGAUGUUCAAGACAGAUGUUAUCCUUGAUACCCUACAAGAUAUUGAUAUGUAUCUGUUUUUUGAGAAGGGUAUUCGAGGUGGACUGACCCAAUGCGUUACUAGACACGUUGUUGCCAACAAUAAGUUUACCAGAAUGGAAACAAUUGGUAAUGACCGAGACGGUCAGAACGCAGCAGCAUCAAGUGAAUAUUGCGAUGAAAGAGAUGACGAUACAUUUAUAAUGUAUUAUGACGCAAACAAUCUUUAUGGCUGGGCAAUGUCGGAACUGCUCCCUCACUCCGAGUUUGAGUGGUUAUCACGUCAGGAAUGUGACGACUUGGACAUUGGAAGAAUUCCAACAGAUGGUGAAUAUGGAUAUGUGCUGGAAGUAGAUCUAGAAUACCCCAGAGAUCCAGCACUGCACGAUCGACACAGGGAUUUACCAUUCUGUCCCGAGAUAUGCAAAGCGCCGAUUAAUCAACUCCCAUACUCGUUGGAGGAAAUUAUCAAUAGUGGAGCAGGAAAAUCGAAGAAAUUAAUGGCCACACUGAUGGAUAAGAGGGAAUAUGUAAUUCACUAUCGCUACCUACAACAAGCUAUAGAGAAUGGAUUACGUGUAACUCGAAUCCACAGAGUGAUUCGUUUUAAACAGUCGGCAUGGUUGAAACCGUACGUGACUAUGAAUACCGAACUUAGACAGCGUGCUGUAAAUAAAUUUGAGGUAGAAAUGUUUAAACUUAUGGUAAACGCUGUCUACGGUAUGAGUCUUCAGAAUGUACGCAAACAUCAAGAUUUAAAGAUUGCAUCAUCCCGCAAAACAUAUACAAAGUAUGUAGCAAAAGCUAAUUUCAAUGAUCGUAUUUGGUUAAAUGAGAAUCUUGCCAUACUGAAUAUGUCAAAAGUGCGGGUAGUACUGAGCAAACCCGUCUACGCAGGGAUGUGCAUUCUGGACCACAGUAAGAGGUGGAUGUAUGGUUUCCAUUAUGACAUGGUAGAUAGGUAUGGAAUCGAUAGAAUAUCGAUGAUUUACAUGGACACCGAUGGCUGUCAUUAUUCAAUACGUACUAAGAACGUAUACCGCGACAUGUUAGAACAUUUGGACGACUUUGACACCAGUAACUAUCCCCGGAACCACAUUUGUUACGACGGAGGAAACGCUAGAGUUCUGGGGAAGUUUAAGGACGAAGCUGCCGGUGUGGCCAUUAAAAUGUUCAUUGGUCUGAUGUCGAAGCUGUAUUGUUUCACGUAUAGCAUCUUAACGUGUGCGCCUGAAGGAGACAACGGAGAUGGUGCCAACUGUAUACCGCCGCCUGUGAAGAGAGCAAAAGGGGUAAACAGAGCAGUAGUGAAGCGUGAUCUCACCAUAGAAGAUUAUUUGAAUUGUCUGUACAAUAAAACUACUAAAAGUACAGACAAUCAACGUUUUCAAAGCCGUCACCACAUUUUAUACACAGUUGUGGUGAAGAAGCGCUCACUGGCACCGUUUGACGACAAACGAUACGUAAUGCCAGAAGAUGGUAUCAACACGCUACCUUGGGGACACUAUGCAAUACCACCAUUAAGGGCACCACAGAUACUUGAGGGACCUUAACUACUGCCACUGGCCCUUUAGUGGAUACGAUACUCUCCAAUUGCGCCACAACCUCUAUCCCCAUCAUAACUGAUAUAUUAUUAUUGAUUAGUAGACCAAGGUCCGCAUGAGUGUGAUAUUAGGUAGAGUUAUUUAUUGAACAGUCUUCAUUAGUAUUAGAUUUUGAAUACAAUUCAAAGAUGUUUUGAUAAAUAAAUUCUU